AUGAAUUCUAUUUCUAUUUUAUGUGAUAGUAUUUUUAAUAAUACAUAUCCAGAAUUAUUAUUAUUGCAUCAACAAGUAGAAGAAUUUCAAACAAUUUAUCAGUCUGAUGUUGAAGUAAUAUCUAAUAAUCUAAUUGAACAAUAUUCUUAUAACCAAGAAGAAUUAAAUAAAUCUAUUAUAUCAGAUGAAUCUAAUUUAAAUAAACCUAUUUUAAAUAAUGAACAAAUAAAUAAAUUUAAAAAAAUUUAUUAUAAAAAUAAAAUUGAAGAUAAUAAAAAUAAUAAUGAAGAUUUAAUUCAAAAAAUUAAAAAAAAAAUAGAAAAAAAAGAUAAAGAAGCUCAAUAUAUAAAAUUACAAACUACAAUAUGUUGCAAAGAAAAAUAUUUUCAAAAUUUAGUUUUUUAUGAACAUGCUAUUUUAACUUAUCAAAAAUUUCAAAAUAUAAAAACUACUACUACAGGACAAAAACGUAGCAGACUUGCUA